AUGCGUUCCCGUAGCAACAGCCUAGAGGACGCCGCCAAGGCCAAGCUGGCGCAGCAUCAGGCAGGAUCGCGGCGGCGGGCCACAGAACGUGAGGAGCCACAGGGCAGGGGUGCAGGACGGGCCAGACACAGGGAGCCUCCCGAUGACACAGGCACAAACACAGGCACUGUCCAGAGGAAGGACAAGGAGGGCAGUGGCAGCAGUGGGAGUGGCAGUGCCAGCAGUAACAGCCGGAGGGAGAAGGCAGCAGGCGGGAAGGCCAGGGACCUCUCCCGAGAUGACCUUCUGUUCCUGCUGUCUAUGCUGGAGGGAGAACUGCAGGUGAGGAGAGACUGUGAGACUAGGGCCAGGGUUUGGCUGGUCUGGGCUGGUUCAUGGGUUAUUAGGUGAGGAGACACUGUGAGAGGGUGGACCACUAGAGACUGGGCCAGGUGUGGGCUGGACUGGGUCAGAUUAUAGUAUAGUAGUUCAUGGCUACACUAACAGGUCAUAUGACCAGAGUAGCAUAGAGUAGAUUAGCUACUGAGUCAUGUUAGAUUGAACAUGGUGAGGGCUUGGCAUUAGACUGGGUCCUAACAUGAGUUAUCUGGGAUAAGGGUCAACCGAGCCAUGGGUAGUCUAGCUAUAGGACAGGCUUCUUGGUAAUACUAAACCAUGGGUAGUCUAGCUAUAGGACAGGCUUCUUGGUAAUACUAAACCAUGGGUAGUCUAGCUAUAGGACAGGCUUAUUGGUAAUACUAAACCAUGGGUAGUCUAGCUAUAGGACAGGCUUCUUGGUAAUACUAAACCAUGGGUAGUCUAGCUAUAGGACAGGCUUGUUGGUAAUACUAAACCAUGGGUAGUCUAGCUAUAGGACGGGCUUCUUGGUAAUACUAAACCAUGGGUAGUCUAGCUAUAGGACAGGCUUCUUGGUAAUACUAAACCAUGGGUAGUCUAGCUAUAGGACAGGCUUGUUGGUAAUACUAAACCAUGGGUAGUCUAGCUAUAGGACGGGCUUCUUGGUAAUACUAAACCAUGGGUAGUCUAGCUAUAGGACAGGCUUCUUGGUAAUACUAAACCAUGGGUAGUCUAGCUAUAGGACAGGCUUGUUGGUAAUACUAAACCAUGGGUAGUCUAGCUAUAGGACAGGCUUCUUGGUAAUACUAAACCAUGGGUAGUCUAGCUAUAGGACAGGCUUCUUGGUAAUACUAAACCAUGGGUAGUCUAGCUAUAGGACAGGCUUCUUGGUAAUACUAAACCAUGGGUAGUCUAGCUAUAGGACAGGCUUGUUGGUAAUACUAAACCAUGGGUAGUCUAGCUAUAGGACAGGCUUGUUGGUAAUACUAAACCAUGGGUAGUCUAGCUAUAGGACAGGCUUGUUGGUAAUAGACAGACAGAUAACAGCUGGGGAGCUGUAGAGGGUUUCUGACAUCAGACAGCUAACAGUAGACCUAGUAGUCUCACACUGAUGGAUGGUGCAGGCAUCAAUAGCACAGAGACCUAUAAACAGAGAUGAACCCACAAGAUGAACCUAUUAAAUUGCAGAGCAGCGCAUCUCCAACCUUAUAGAAAUCCUGAAGACUUCAGGUCUAAUCCAUCCUGCAGACAUCAAGAGGCUCAAGAUGUGUCCCAAGUGGCGCUCUAUUCCCUAUAUAGUGCACUACUUUUAACCCGGCACCAUAGGGCUCUGGUCAAAAAGUAGUGCACUGUGUAGGGAAUAGGGUGCCAUUUGGAACGCAUCCUCAGAGCCCUGGUGACCUUGGCUGGAGGAGUGGAGAGGUGGCGCUCAUUUGUGAUGGAGCGUGACUCUAGGCAUCUGGAGAAACGGAGGGAUGGAGAGAGGGAUUUGUGGUUUGAUCUGGGGCAUGGUGCAUGGUGCUUUUUUCCUUAGAUUCAUGCUCAUAGAACUCUUUCCUCUUCUCUCUCUCUCUCUCUCUCUCUCUCUCUCUCUCUCUCUCUCUCUCUCCCCGAACACAGGCCAGAGACGAGGUGAUCACAGUGUUGAAGGCUGAGAAGAUUGACUUGGCCCUCCUGGAGGCCCAGUAUGGGUUCGUCACCCCACAGAAGGUCCUUCAGGCCCUGCAGAGAGACACCGUCCAGAGCAAGGCUGAGACCUUCCAGGAGGACAUCUACGAGAGGCCCAUGGCUGAGGUAGCACAGUCACAAUACAUUCAAUACAGCAGCUCAGUAAAGACUGGGGUCAGUGAAGUGUAGCACCCUGAUAAGGUGACGUGGAAGGGUUGAGACUUGAGACUUAUAACUUCAGCUACAGUAGAUGGGCGGCGGGUAGCCUAGCGGUUAAGAGCGUUGGGCCAGUAACCGAAAGGUCGCUGGCUCAAAUCCCCGAGCCGACUAGGUGAAAAAUCUGUUGAUGUGCAAUUGAGCAAGGCACUUAACCCUAAUUGCUCCUGUAAGUCGCUAUGGAUAAGAGUGUCUGCUGAAAUGUAUAUGAAGUAGCUACUUUGUAGGUUCAAAGAUUGACUAUGGGAUUUUGUCUCAUGACUGGACAAUCAUGUAUUAAAAUACAUUUAUACAUCCUAUAUCACCUCACAUAGAGGAGUGGUCAGUAAAUGCUCUGGUCUGGCCUAGCUGGACAAGCUGGUGGAGAAGCAGAGGGAGACCCACCGUCGCAUGCUGGAGCAGCUGCUGCUGACUGAGCAGUCCCACAAGCACGCCCUGUACAAGCUGGAGGACGAGAAGAGGAACCAUGGAGACUUCAUGAGGAAGAGCGAC